AUGAUCCUGGUCGAAAUAGACGUUAAAGUCCGACGUCUUGGCGGCGGUUACGGCCUCAAAAUUAGUCGAAAUGCGCAAAUAGCAGUUGCUGCUGCAUUAGUGACUUACAAACUUAACCGACCCUGCCGGUUCAUAAACCCCCUCGUCAACAAUAUGAAGGCUAUCGGAAAACGAAUGCCAUGUUCGAGAGAUUUUGAAGUUGGCGUUAACGACAAUGGAGUGAUUCAAUACGCUAAUGUAGAUCUUUAUGGUGACCACGGCUACAUUGUCAACGAGACGAUGUUGUUACUGGGCAUUGAUGCGUAUUACAACUGUUAUAGAAAAGAGUCGUGGAAAUGUACAAUCUACAAUACCAUCACGGACACUCCGUCGAACACUUGGUGUAGAUCACCUGGAUCGCUUGAAAAUAUUGCAAUGGUCGAGAUAUUGCUAGAAAGAAUUGCGUAUGAACUAAAUCUAGACUCUCUUGAAGUCCGUUUAGCUAACUUGGAUACAAAACAUCAUAGUGAUUUGAUAAAGAUGUCAGAUACUCUAAAAAGUAACUCUCAGUAUGCCCAGAGGAAAACUGCAGUUGAUACAUUUAAUAAAAAUAAUAGAUGGAAAAAACGAGGUUUACGAUUUGCUUUGCUUCGAUGGGCACCAAUAGCGUUUAUGAAUUAUGAAGUUAAUCUAUCGGUGUAUGCUGGCGAUGGUACAAUCGUAAUCACACAUGGUGGGAUGGAAAUGGGCCAAGGCGUUAAUAUGAAGGCCAUACAAAUAUGUGCCUACAUUCUGAAAGUACCUGUUGAAAAAAUCCAGAUAAAACCGAACGAUACAACGAUUGCUCCCAACUGCUCAGUUUCUGGAUCUAGCUUGACAACACCGUUUACGGGUAUUGGAGUUAAAAAAUGCUGCGAAGAACUAUUAAUUAGGCUCGCACCUAUAAAACUUCUGAUGAGAAAUCCUACGUGGGUGGAGUUAAUACAGAAAGCGCACGAAUUACAGGUAGAUUUGCACGUAAGUUACUACACAACAAUAAAAGAUAUUCAAAUUUAUAAUAUUUAUGGUGUAGCAUUGGCUGAAACUGAAAUAGAUGUAUUGACUGGUGAGUAUCAACUGAGACAAGUGGAUAUACUCCAAGAUGUUGGUCGAAGUGUUAACCCUGAACUGGACGUUGGACAGGUUGAAGGAGGAUUUACGAUGGCACUUGGCUAUUGGACAAGUGAGAAUUUGGUUUACGACACAAAUAGUGGCGAGCUGCUAACUAACCGUACUUGGGAAUACUGGGUACCUCAAUCGUUAGAUAUUCCUCAAGUACUAAAUGUGUACCUACAGAAGAAAUCCUACAGUACAGAUCUUGUGAUGGGUGCUAAAGUAGUUGGAGAACCGCCUACAUGUUUGGGAGUAGUCGUCCCGUUGGCGUUGAGAGCUGCUAUAGUAGAAGCGCGUCGUGACUCCGGACUACCUUCGACUGAGUGGUUCCCGAUAGAUGGUCCUUAUACCGUGGACAAGAUUUGCACCUCAACAGCGACAAAAGUGGACCAAUUUAAAUUUUAUUGAUAGUUUGACAGGCUUUGUCUUCAUCCAUUACUGUUUGUAAUCUAUGUGUUUUUAUCUGUAAUCGAUAUAAAUCUCAAUAUGUUUAUGGAUUUUUAAAAACGGUAUUCACUUUCUUUUUUAAUUUGUAUCUGUCUUGAGUGUACAUAAGUGCGGUAAAUGAAAAUUACAGUCGAGGCGAUAUUGCAGCUCGAGCCAAAGGUGAGAAGGAUCAAAGCGCACGUAUGUUAUAUGACGUUUUAUAACACAUUUGCGAGGAAUCACAUUUUGAACACACUUUUUAAAAAUGAUUUUGCAUCUUUGCCUGUUUUCCUAAAGAUGAAAUUUUGAUACGCUUGUCAU